CAAAAAAAAAAAAUAAAUUAAUUCGCAAGCAUGGAUAGCGUUAAGUCGUUUUUCGCCAACACCAACAAAGAGAACAAUCUCAACAAUCAGCAAAAUGGCAUUACGGGUCGCUGGAGCAACUGGAGCCGAGGCAUUCAGGCACAUGCGGAUUCGGGCGCCGGGCAGAGUGCCAUGAGCAAUGCCAAUCCUGGCGAGGCUAAGCGCAAGGAUAGCGAUAGCUAUUUCUAUAUAAUGUGGCGAGCUUAAAGUUCUGUAAACCCACAGCCCUAUAGCUAUAAGUUUAUGUCUAAAGUGACCUGCAAGGAUUUGUGAACACGCCCUAUUAAGAAGCAUCGGCGGUGUAACAAGCUAAUACUAUUAAU